CCCGCCGGAAACCGGAGCUCCGGAGAGAGGUUCCGGGCCGGCCGGGCCUGGCGGCGGGGCCAAUGGACACCGAACCUGAGAACGAGCGGUCGGCCGGACACCCCACGCUGGCCUCCUCCUGGGACGCCACGUGCGGGGCGCUGGGCCGGAGCCUCCGUGUCCGCGGAGCCCAGGACUCAGACUGGGAGGAGCUGCUAGCGCCGCCUGCCUCGGGCCGGGACCUGGUGAGUCUGAAAAGGAGCCCCAAGAGCCCCGAUGGAAAGCCCUGCUUCCUCUCCCUGAGCUGCGCCCCGAGUGGAGGUGAAGAGAUCGUGUCUGUGGGCAUUUUGAGUUCAGCAAGAAACAUGGAAGUGUACUUGGGCGAGGAGUACUGCGGCACCAGUAGGGGCGGGAGUGUUGGGAACGUGCUGGACUCCAGCGAACAAGAAAAAAUUAUUUUAUACAAAAAUUUUCUAAAACUGGAGCCCGCUGCACAUGCUUGUAAAAUAAAGCUGCUCUCCUUCGGGGAAAAGCCGUGUGUAUUCGUCAGCCAGGUGGUGGUGCACGUGCGGCCCAGCCUGGCCAAGCCUCCCGCCAGCUUUGCUGCCCCGGGGCCCAGGGUGGACCUGGAGAGGGUCCACAGCCUGCUGGCGGCCAUGGGGUCCACGCUGUCCCCGGGGGCUCAGCAGCUGAUGAGUAUGGUCAGAUUCCAGCAGCAGCUCUGUUCCCUGUUCCCUCAGCGCGGCAUUCCCCUGGGGGAGCAGCUGCAGGCGGUUUUGGGGAGCGCUGCCUGCCAGCGAGUGCUGGGCCUGCGGGCCUCGGCGCCCUCGGGAGCCUGGUACAGGCCGCCCUGCGCCCCUGCUCCUCUCAGAGCCAGGCCGAUGGCGGGACGCGGGACUGAGGACGCGAACGCUCCCGGGGAGGAGAGCGCACGGCCCCCCGCGGGAGGGCCCCCCGCAGCCCUCGGAGGGAGGGACACCGCGCCCCAGAGCCUUCCUCUCCCCGGCGGGGAGCUGGACCUCCAGCCGGCGGCGUCUCUCCUACCAAAGAAGGCGAGUGCCGGCCCCGGGGCCCCCGGCCCCCAGCUGCUGCCCAUCCUCCAGGACGUGUGCGGUCAGGUGCGCCAUCUCCGCGGGGCCCAGGACGCCACGUGGCCGGGACACGUCCCCACGCCCAGCGAAGGCGGCCUGGCUGCCGGGAUGGGAGAGCAGCCCGCCUGCUCCUACCUGGAGAGGAUUCUGUCUAAGAAGCUGGAGCUGAUGGAGAGGAGGCUGAUGGACCACCUGGAGGAGCGGCUGCGCGCCCUGCAGGAGCACCUCGACCGCCAGGUGGCGCUGCUGGCACGCUCGCUGCUCAGCCCAGGCUCCCCUCCCCUGUCCCCGCCCCCGGGGGUGCAGCUCCCCCACUGUGACUCCAGGGACACACUCUCCAAUGGGGAGAGAUAGGCGCUCGGGGCGCCGAGCACACACACAUUGUGACCUAUUUAUUGCCACGCAGCCCAAAGCGGGGCAGGUGUUUCUGUCAGUGAGGAUCAGCAUCCUACUUGCAUCAAGUGACCUCAGCGUUCGUCUCCCUGUGCUUGUGACGUGACCCCCGAGCCGCCCCUGAGAGCGGAUGACCUUCCUGUGCUUGUGACGUGACCCCGUGACCCCGUGACGUGCCCCUGUGCCUGAGUGUGUGCCUGGUCGGGUCAGGAGUUGUUUGCAGUUGUUCGCUCUGACACAGAUCUGUGUCCCCUGGUGGUAUUUCCAGUGUUUGGGAUGAUUAAGGACUUCCUGCAGGGUGUGUGACAGGGUGUGUUUUUGUCUGUGAAAGGCCUUCCUCCCUCGUCUUAGUGGGGAGAGGAACGGUGCUCAGAGGACUUGGUGACGGUUUCUCUGAUUCUCUUGCGAAGUCGGACCUCUGUGCCCGCGGACCCGCACUGGUGCUGCCGCCCUGAGCACAGCAGGCGGCUCUGCAGACGGGACACCCUGGCGCCGGCUCCCAGCGUCGCGGUGACGGGCAGGAGGGCCGCCUCGCCCGUGGGGCUGUCGCUGUGGAUUUGUGUGGGCCGGGAAGCGGGAUGUUGCCUUGUUUAUCUGCACCUGCGAACCCUGGCGGCGGAGUGUGGAGGAGACGGCAGGGCUCGGUGCGGCCGCGUGUCAGGAAGCGGAGCUGUGCAUGUGCUGAAGGUGCUGUAUUUGUAUCUGGAAUUAAAUGCGUCCGUUUUGGAAACCACG